AUUAGAAAUCUGCUCAGGCAGGGCACAGCGAGAAACUUACUAUUAUAUGGUAUUUUUCCAUUUCAAGUAUAAAUUGGGCUCUACUGGCCCGGUGGCGACUGGAGAAUUCACGCUCCGUAUACUAUUUACCUAAUAUAUAUAUAUUAUAACUGUAGUGGGAUUAAGUUGUGAGUCCAGACUCUGAGAUGACCCUGAAGACACAGCAGUACGUGACUCUCUGUGGCGGUUCGGAUAGUAAUAUAACUAAGCAGUAAUUAAUUUCAUUAGAUUGGUUACGCAUGUUCUUUUUGGAUCUUAUGGGACAUGUGACUCUGGUGAUGCUAUAAUUUCACGCCAUUCCCCUGCUGCUGCUGCUGCCCUUAUCUGUUGCACUGGAAGGGCAGAUCGGUCUUCGAUAGAGACCUUUGGCUGACAGCUACUGAAGCGUCGGAAAUCCCUACAGAUACAGAGAGACAGCUGCUUGUGAAAGUCCGGGAUUAUCACUGCCAUGAAGCAGGAGAGCGGUGAGGUGCCCUGUACGCUGGCUGUCACUGACAUCUAUUGCAGGUGAACUGCAGGACACGGUCUUUGUGUCUGUCUGACCUCCAGUCUGCAGAGGAUCCGCUGCAAUGCCGGACUACGCAACAGGGAACUCUUACCCCACGGCGGACGGUAGCACGCAACAGCCGAAGAUGCACCGGUGACAUCUGAAUGGACUGGAAUGGGUAGACCGACUGUUAGACGAUAUCUCUCGAGAUCUUCAGACAGUGUUCUCCUUAAAACCGUUCUUCUGCUGAUCUUCUGGGAGCAAGUGGAUGCGCAGUGUAAGAUCAUCAAAUGUAACACAGACUAUGUGGCUGCCAUAUCGAACACGAGGAACUCCAACAAGAACGUUGUGUACUGCAACGCCCUGCGCUCCUACUCUCAGUGCACUCGCAGCACGGCCAGGACCUGUCGCGGAGACUUGGUGUACCACACUGCAGUGCACAUCAUCGAGGAUCGCAUGAUUCAGUACAACUGCUCCAAAGUGGGGCCAACUAACACCCCCCGGCGGCAGCCCCCGCAGCCCCUUCCUGACGCUACACUGAAGCAGGCCUGUGAUUAUGAGAAGGUCUUCCAUGAGAAGCACGGCACUGUCCCCAGGUACCUGCACUGCGCCGUCUUUGGGGAUCCGCACGUGCGCACCUUCAGUGGAGACUUUCAGACGUGCAAGGUGAACGGCUCCUGGCCUCUCCUGGACAAUGAGUACCUGUACGUUCAGGCAACCAGCACGCCACUCUCUCCUUCAUCCAGCGCUACGGUAACCAGCAAGCUAACGAUUAUCUUCAAGGACAUGAAGCAAUGCGUUGACCAGAGGAUUUACCAGGCGGAGGUGGGCAACAUGCCAGCAGCAUUUGAUGAUGGCUCUGUGGACGGCGGCAAAAGAGCCGGUGGGAGCAGCCUGACGAUCCACGAGAGAGAGCCUGGGAAGUACAUCGAGAUCCAGGCCGCUUAUAUUGGUACCACCAUUCGAGUGCGACACUUGGACGGGCAGUUGUCGUUCUCCCUGCGUAUGGCGGAGGAGAUCUCCCAGGCCUUCCAGGAGGAGCAGGACCUGCAGCUCUGUGUGAGUGGCUGUCCGUCCGGCCAGUGGAUUUCUAGAACUCCAGACCUGAGUAGGACCUCCUCGCUGAGCAUGGAGACAGCCAGGUCGCUCUGCAGGGAGAAGCUGUCCGUAGAGGACGUGUACUUUCAGUCUUGUGUGUUUGACUUGAUGGUUUCGGGGAAUGGGAAUUUGACGGACGCGGCAUACCAUGCCUUGGAAGAUGCCAGAGAGUUCCAUCCUGAGCCUGGAACUUUACAUAUAUUCAGCAAAGGGGACAAUGGACCUCAUUUAUCUUUCUCUAUCUUUCUUCUGCUCCUCCUCAGGACUAUCAUUGGGUAUACAGUGCAGGUUAUCUGAGGUCUGCAGAACCAAGGACCCGCAGGAAAUCCGAAUGUGAAGAUACGUCUUGUUCAUGGAAAUAUGGUGGGCCUUUUGCAGGCCAGACUCUUCACCAACCCACUGAGACACCUUGUUUUUGGUUGUUGUAAUAUAUUUAUUUAUGAACAUGGAUGUGGCUAGUCUAAUAGGCCCUACACACUGGGCGAUUAUUCUCAAAGAUAUGAACGAUCUUGUUCAUUAAUGAACGAGAUACCGUUCAUAUCUUUGAGUGUGGAGGCUCCAGCGCUGAACAAUGCGCGGCCCCGCGCUCGUUCAUCGCUGGUGCCCAGUCGGCUGUACAUGCAGGCCAAUAUGGACGAUCUCGUCCAUAUUUGCCUGCACUUCAAUGGAGCCGGGUGACGGGGGUAGUGAAGAAACUUCACUCCCCCUGUCACUGCCCACCCGCCGCCGGGUCGCCCGUCGGCCGGAUCCGCCGUCGGGCAGCUAGGCGGCAGAUCUUUAUAUGUGUAGGGUCCAUAAGUCUAGGACUCUUAAUAGCACAUUGAAUCAUACUUGCCCAUUCUCCUGAAAUGUCCAGUAGUAUCCACGGACUCCCGUGACACUAUGUCACAUUGGUGCAUUUUGCCAGCUUCUUAGAGUAAUGGGCAAGAUGGGGGGAGUGUGACGGGAUGAUUGAAGAAAGUGUAGGUAAGUAUGCAUUGAAUGGAUCAGAGUGUAAGACAAUAGUGGCAUUUACAAUUAAUCACAUAUCGAGUUUCCAAACAUAGUAUACUGAUGUGCGGAUUUUUUAAGGUCCAUUACUGAAUUAAGGCAGUAAGUUGAGUCAUCCCUUUUUGUUAUCUAGAUUGUGGGUAAUCCUGGCAUGUAAUACUUCUAAGGGCUCAUUACAGCACUGGCUAUAAGUUUGGUGAUAUUGGCCACCUAUAAUGCACCUUAUCGAAAGAGAACAUGCUAGGGACUGGUGAAGGGCACCAAAACUCUUCUUACCUCCAAGCUCAGUAAUGCAGGUUGUUUUAAUAUCUGAAUGUUAAAGCACUUAAAUUACCACUAAUGUUCAAUAUCAGUAUUUGUAAAGGGAAAAAAGUGGUGUAAAAAGCUGUGUUCAUUUUCCAUUUAAUAGCAUAAUAAAUAUAUACUGUGAAAGGGUUUGGGUUUAGGGAGUAUAGGUGGUCCCGGAUAAUUAUUGGGGGAGCUACCAUUUUUUGCUUCUGCUGCUGUACAGGGGGACAGAUGUAUUAAGCCUGGAGAAGUGAUAAAGCAGAGAUAAGUGGAAGGUGAUAACGCACCAGCCAAUCAGCUCCUGUCAUUUUUCAAACCUGUAAUGAUUGGCUGGUGCGUUAUCACCUUCCACGUAUCACUGCUUUAUCACUUCUCCAGGCUUAAUACAUCUGCCCCCCAUGGAUUUUAAAGUGCAUCUGCCAUUUGCAUACACUGGGUGGCGCUAUUUCUUGGCCGUCCACAGUGUAAAAUAACUAGAGAUAGAGAAUAAACAGAUCUGAGUCAGCGCUCUUUAGCAACCCCAAGAGGAAGACCUGUUGAAUAUAGGGGGUCAUUCCGAGUUGAUCGUAGCUGUGCUAAAUUUAGCACAGCUACGAACUUUAACUCAGACAUGCGGGGGGACGCCCAGCACAGGGCUAGUCCGCCCCGCAUGUCAGUGCCGGCCCCCCCGCACAAAUACAAAAGCAUUGCACAGCGGCGAUGCCUUUGUAUUUGAGGAGUAACUCCCGGCCAGCGCAGCUCCUGUGACUGGCCGGGAGUUACCCGUCGCUCCCGCUGGCCGCAGCGGCUGCGUGACACGUCACACAGCCACCACGGCCCGCCCCCCCCAUCGGUCCGGCCAUGCCUACGUUGGCCGGACCGCUCCCCCUAAACGGCGGCUUAACGCCGCCGUUCAGCCCCCUCCCGCCCAGCGACCGCCUCUGUCUCGGAGGCGAUCGCUGGGCACCGACGACUGCCAUGCGCCGGCGCACUGUAGCGCCGGUGCAUGCGCAGUUCCGACCCGAUCGCUGCGCUGCGACACACUGCAGAUAGCGAUCGAGUCGGAAUGACCCCCAUAAUACUGUCUCAUCUAAGUAUUGUUUACAAGAUUUGUUCAAAAAGGUCCCUUUUAUUAUUUUGUCAGCCAUAAUGACAGACAUAAUUAAUAUAGGCGAUCCCAAAAACUGGAGAUGUGCAGCUCUGACUUCCACUGGUCCUCUGCAUAAUGAGAUGGGAUCAGGGAAAAUGGUGCAAAUUAUUGCAAUAAAGCAGCUAAAUCCUAACAAAUCGUUUCCAUUGAAAAAAUGUGCCUUUGUCGAGUAAUAUAUAUUUGUACCACUAGGUGGCAGCAAUGUUUAGCAAGUAGCAUUACAAAUGGUAACUACCACUGUAAAUACUGGGAAAUGUCUACAAAUAUUUAAUAUAUUGAAACAGAAUAAAAAGUGUUAUAUAUAUAUAUAUAUAUUAUAUAUUUUUUUGUUUGAGAUGUAUUUUAUAUAUUGACUGACAAGAGAAACUUAGUUUUGUAAAACAUAUAUAUAACAUUUUAUUUUUCAAAACAUUAACAUCAUGUUACUUUGGGUUGCCUCGUAAAUAAUUUAGCAAAUAUUUAAAGCAGAAUAUAAAUUGAAAAUAUUCCUGUGUUUCAUGUAUUCUUUGGCCUGCUUCAUUUCACUUCCUCGGGCAUGACACUGAUGAAAUCGUAAAUUCCACAUCGACAAUAACAUUGGGGGUCAUUCCGAGUUGUUCGCUCGCUAGCUGUUUUUAGCAGUCAUGCAGACGCUAAGCCGCCGCCCUCUGGCAGUGUAUGUUAGCUUAGCAGAAGUGCGAACGAAAGGAUCGCAGAGCGGAUAAAAAAAAUAAAUGUGCAGAUUUAGAGUAGCUCCAGUCCUAUUCAGCGCUUGCGAUGUCUUCAGACCAUUCAGUUCCGGAUUUGACGCCACAAACACGCCCUGCGUUCGGCCAGCCACGCCUGCGUUUAUCUUGGCACGCCUGCAUUUUUCCGAACACUCCCUGAAAACGGUCAGUUGACACCCAGAAACGCCCACUUCAUGUCGAUCACUCUGCGGCGGCCAUUGCAACUGAAAAGCUUUGCUAGACCUUGUGUAAAACUACAUCGGCCAUUGUGACAGUACGUCACGCAUGCGCACUGUGCCGCAUACACAUGCGCAGAAGUGCCGGUUUUGUACUUAAUCGCAGCGCAGCAAACAUUUUCAGCUAGCGAUCAACUCGGAAUCACACCCUUAGCUCCCUCUGUAAAAUCGCUCGGUGGGGAAAAUAGAUUCUACUACUUCUGCAGAAAAGUGUCUCUCAGAUGGAAAUACCUGUUUUCUGUUUGUGAGUGUAGCCAGUCAGUCAGUGAUGCUCCACAGGGUCACAUGAUGACAGAAGGAGGAGGGGCUUAGGAUACUGCGCUAUGAAUUUGUGUUAAUCUCAGCUCACCACAUCAUAAGUCAUUGGACGGUGGCGGCCAUUGUAAUCGCCUGACACUUAGCAAGUCUUCCGCUACCAAACUGUAGUCUAGAAUGACGCUGUCAUCCUCCGUAUCGUAGUACACUGGCGCUUUCUGGUAUCGGAAUAUAACAGCCAUUGCAACACUGGCCACACAACUAGCCAAAUACAUUAUAAUAUAAACAAAUGGCUAUAUAUGUCAGGUUGGCAGGCAUUGCACCCGGGUCAUUUUGUGGCUGAAAUUGAAGGAAAACGCUGGAUGCAGCAUUAGGAGAUAAUCGCUGGGGAAAUCACUGGAUGCAGCACCCUCUCCCUGGCAUCACCGACUGCCUUUCCCUUGUGUCACCCAGUGCCUCUCCCUGGUGUCACCCUCUCGGUCAACCUUUUUCCAGUCACUCACUACCUCUCACUGGCACCAUUCACUGCCUCUCCCUGUCCUCCACUGCCUUUUAGGCUCUCCAUCACCCACUGUCUCUCGCCUUCUACUUCUCCCUGGCAUCACCCACUGCCUGUCACCCACUGUCUCUCCUUGGCGUUACUCACUCCCUGUCACCCACUCUCUCUGUCACCAUUUCCCUGUCUUCCACUGACUCAUUCUAUCACCCUCUCUCUCUCUCUCUCUCUUGGUCACCAUUUCCCUGUCACCCUUUCCCUGUCUCCCACUGACUAAUUCUAUCACCCUCUCCCUGUCACCCACUGCCUUUCCCCUGCAUCACUAUCUCCCCAUCACCCUCUCCCCAAGGCAUUACCCUCUCCCCAUGAUACGGGUACGGCAUUCCCUUUGAGGCCACACCCUUGUUUCAAGACCACGCCCCUAUUUCUCUGUCAUGGUGUCCCUCCUGUCCUUUUAAUCUGGAUCUGCCCCUGUAGUGAUAUACAUAAAACAGUCGGGCCAGCCCAUCUGAGUUGAAUGUCUUUGUUUUACGGUUGUAUUCAACAUUCCACAAUCCAUGUCCCUUGCUCUGCGAAGCAUUGGAGCGAGUCCAUGGAGCUGCAGAGAACCUGGUUCUGACUCUGCACAUAUGUGUACACAUUGGUUUCCUUAUAUACUGGACAGUGAGUGUAAUACAGUAUUAAUAAUUAACACUAUAGUACAGACCAGUGCCGUAACUAGGCAUUUUAGCACUGUGUGCAAGAAACGGCGUUGGCACCGCCCCAUGCAAGACAGGGGCAGUGCGUGCUAUAGGGGCGUGGCUUAAUGGGGAAUGGGCGUGGCCACAAAAUAAUACCAAUUCAUACUACGGUGCACAGUAGUCUCCACUAUUCAAAUUACGCUGCACAGUAGCGCCACUACACCAGGUAGAGCCCCUUUUACACAUUACGGCAGACAGCGUCCCCUUUUUAGACGUUACGGCAGACAGUAUCCCUUUUUACACAUUGCAGCAGACAGUGCCCCCUUUUUACACAUUACGGCAGACAGCGCCCCCCUUUUUACACAUUACUGCAGACAGCGUCCCCUUUUUGCACAGUACGGCAGACAGCGUCCCCCUUUUCACACAUUACUGUAGACAGCAUCCUCUUUUUACACAUUAUGGCAGACAGCGUCCCCCUUUUUACACAUUACGGCAGACAGUCCCCCUUUUUACACAUUAUGGCAGACAGCGUCCCCUUAUUACAUAUGGCAGACAGCGUCCCCCUUUUUACACAUUACGGCAGACAGUCCCCCUUUUUUACACAUUACGGCAGACAGCGUCCCCUUUUUACACAUUACAGCAGACAGCGUCCCCCUUUUUACACAUUGCGGCAGACAGCGUCCCUUCUUACACAUUUUGGCAGACAGCGUCCCCCUUUUUACACAUUACGGUAGACAGCGUCCCCCUUUUUACACAUUAGGCAGGCAGAGCCCCCUUUUUACACAUUAGGCAAGCAGAGACCCCCUUUUUACACAUUAGGCAAGCAGAGCCCCCCUUUUUAUACAUUAGGCAGGCAGAGCCCCCCUUUGCUACACAAUAGGCAGCAGUCCCCCUUUGAGAAAGGUUGUUCAUAUGUGGCGAUGUGUGUAUGCGCUGGGGCGGUGCGUCCACUCUCAGUGCCAGGCUCAGUGCCUGCACCGGACCCAUGCCACGCCCCCACCCCGUUCAGCUGCUGACGCCACCUCCGUUUCCCACGCCCAUGCCACCCCACCCCCGCAUGGCUCCGUCUCCACCUGGGAAAUGAAGCAUUGCUGCACCCCUCCCUCCAUGCGAAUGCCUCUGCUGAUUGACAGGAAGACGCGUUCGCAUUCACUGUGGUGCGCCUGCAGUAAAUGCGGAUGCAUGUGCAUGACGGUCCCUGUUCAUGCGCCUGCAUCAUCAUCGUAUUUUUUUAGGUUGGAUCGCGAGGCCCAUAGUGUAGAUAUUAUACGUAGCUUUGUAUAUUGGGUGUGAUCCGGAGAUGUGCGCUAAUGCUGUCGCAGCUGCAAAUGUGUACGCAGCGACUGUGCGAAAAUACAGAAAUGUCGUUGCCGCCAGGCGUAGCAUUGAGACACCCACCGCCGGCUGUGCAAAUCCCAGCAGCUGUGUACAAAGAUCAUCUCAGUUGCGCGGCAUCACCGCAGGAGGUAAGACGCUGGAGCCAUUAGAGCUACCUAUGGGAUCGCAGUCUUAAGUUAUUAACCAUCACCUUCUUGUAAGAACUCAGUCAUGUAUGGUGUUAUCUGCACAUGGAUUGUGGCAUAUCUUCUUACAAUAUUACUCACUGCAUUCUAAUUUAAGGCUAGAUUUACUAAGCAGGAGCUUUUGGAAGCCGCUGAUUCUUGGCGAGUUUGACCGCCAAAUUUAAAACGGUAAUAUUAAAUGCAAAAUAUGCCAAGUUUUGCUUUUCAUAUUAAUGACGUUUAAAAAUGUGGGGUCCCACCCACUGACAAUCAGCGGCUUGCAAAUGCUGGCAGAGGUUGUGGUAGCGGCCGCUAGCACCACUGAGACAUAGAGACGCUUGGUGAUCAUCAGUAAAAGUGAGUGCAAUUAAUUUGUGCUAAUACUUAAAGUGGAAAGGGACACACACAAAAACCCAUCCCCUUUUGUAUAUAUGACGUACAGUAUCACUGCCCUACCCCAAUGAUAUACAGACAGGGGUCUUUUCCCAAGAGAAACGAAGGCUGCAGAAAUGCAAUAUUCCCCUCUACUUGCAUUAUCUCACAUACAGCUGGGUCCUCGGGCACGACCCCCAUCACUAUGCGCAGGCACGUCGCAUGGGUACAAAACAGAUAGCCGCUCAGCGAUGGGUUUGUGCGAAGGAUUCAUUCGCACGGGCGAUCGCAAGGAGAUUGACAGGAAGAGGGCGUUUGUGGGUGGCAUCUGACCGUUUUCAGGGAGUGUUUGGAGAAACGCAGGCGUGUCCAAGCGUUUGCAGGGAGGGUGUCGAACAUCAAAUCUGGUCCUGAGCAGCCUGAAGUGAUCGCAGCGGCUGAGUAAGUUCUGGGAGGCGCAGAGACUGCACAAAAUCUGUUUUUGCAGCUCUGCUACACAUGCGUUCCCACACUUGCACAGCUAAAAUACACUCCCCCUGUAGGCGGCGACUAUCUGAUCGCAGGGCUGCAAAAAUCGCUGCUUAGUGAUCAGAUCUGAAUUACCCCCUUAACAAGCUCUUGAACCAAUGGAAAGAUGGGAGCAUAUCUGGAUGGCGGAGCCAGGGCAGGCAGCACGUAUGGUAAUGAGACUGCCAUUCGGUUUGUGCGGCUGUCUUUCGCUUUCAUUUGCCUGAGAAGUGAGGGGGUCAACUCUGUUCCGUUUGUUUUUUUUGCAUAACUGCGUUAUAAAUAAUAGUUUAAUUUUACAUAUGGCGCUCCUCUGUUCCAUAAACCAAGCACUGCAGCCCUAUGUACACACUAUGGGGGUAAUUCCAAGUUGAUCGCAGCAGGAAAUUUUUUAGCAGUUGGGGAAAACCAUGUGCACUGCAGGUGGAGAAGAUGUAACAUGUGCAGAGAGAGUUAGAUUUGGGUGGGUUAUUUUGUUUCUGUGCUGGGUAAAUACUGGCUGCUUUAUUUUUACACUGCAAUUUAGAUUUCAGUUAGGACACCCCACACCCAAACCUAACUCUCUCUGCACAUGUUAUAUCUGCCCCCUGCAGUGCACAUGGUUUUGCCAAACUGCUAAAAAAAAUCCUGCUGCGAUCAACUUGGAAUUACCCCCUAUGUAUCAGUUUCCAGGGACCAGCUAAUCUGAGAAGCUGUACUUCCAGAUACUGCUCUCCCUGCAGGCCUUUGGCAGAACAUUGGAAACUUUGCAUCCUGUUUACCACACUGCAAUGUGCGGAAUGUGUCCUGGAGCAGCCCCGAACAGUUCUCAGCUACAGGCAAUGUUCCUCUAGUCCAGUGGUUCUCAAACUCGGUCCUCAGGACCCCACACAGUGCAUGUUUUGCAGGUAACCUAGCAGGUGCACAGGUGUAUUAAUUACUCACUGACACAUUUAAAAAGGUCCACAGGUGGAGCUAAUUAUUUCACUUGUGAUUCUGUGAGGAGACCUGCAAAACAUGCACCGUGUGGGGUCCUGAGGACCGAGUUUGAGAACCUGUACUCUAGUCCAUAUUAUACAUGAUGCCCUCAGUUGCUGGGAGGUUGUCUGUGAUUUUACCUCAGUUGGAGAGUGAUGCUACAUGGGAAAUGAAUUGGUUCCUAUUUCCAUGCAAGAGAACCAGCUUUAUUAUAUGACAAGGGCCAGAAUGCUGUAGCAGCACACGUCUAUUUCAUAACAAAGACACAAGGGCCCUCAUUCCGAGUUGAUCGCUCGCUAGCUAAUUUUAGCAGCCGUGCAAACGCAUAGUCACCGCCCACGGGGGAGUGUAUUUUCGCUUUGCAAGUGUGCGAACGCCUGUGCAGCCGAGCUGUGCAAAAACAUUUUGUGCAGUUUGAGUAGCUCUGGACUUACUCAUCCCUUGCGAUCACUUCAGUCUUUUUGGUGCCGGAAUUGACAUCAGACACCGGCCCUGCAAACGCUUGGACACGCCUGCGUUUUUCCAAACACUCCCUGAAAACGGUCAGUUGCCACCCACAAACACCAUCUUCCUGUCAAUCUCCUUGCGAUCGCCCGUGCGAAUGGAUUCUUCGUUAAAUCCAUCGCCCAACAACGAUCCACUGCAUGCGCAGUAGAUACCUGAUCGCUGCGCUGCGAAAAACGUCAGCGAGCGUUCAACUCGGAAUGACCCCCAAUAUGCAAUGAUUCAACUUUAUAUAAACGCAUUACAGGGAAAUAUGGUCAGCGUAAAGAAAGCUCUUAUCCAAUAUAGGUUUUAUUGGUUACUUAUGUCACUUUGGGUAUUAUUCUGUUGUUACCAUGUACUUCAGAGGUAUGUGGUCUCUAGGUCGACAAUAUGUAUUGGUCGACAGUUACUAGGUUGACAGGAUUUCUAGGUCGACAGGGUCUCUAGGUUGACAUGUUCUAGGUCGACAGGUCAAAAGGUCGAUAUGGGUUUUUCACAAUUUUUUUAUUUGUAAAAAAACUUUUGCAUACUUAACAAUCCACGUGGACUAUGAUUGGGAAUAGUAACCUGUGCCGAGCGCAGCGGUAGCAGAGCGAAGAGAGCCAUGCGAGGGGACACGGUGCACUAAUUGGGGUUCCCAGUCACUGCAUGGAAAAAACGACACAAAAACAAUCCCUGCCGACCUAGUUACUGUCGACCAAUAGUGGUCGACCUAGACACUGUCGACCUAAGUGUGGACGACCCUCCAUACCACACCCACUUCAGGGACUGGGCUCAGGUGCAGUCUCAUUCUGCGGCCCUGUCACACUCAACAAAGUGCUGGAUGUGACAAGACCGCACACUCAGUCACUGCAUAUACAGUAUGUCUUUGUAUCUUGCAUGGUUUACCUCACACAUUGUAACCUUUGUAGUGCACUCAAGAUGGCUGCCUCGCCAGGUACGCCCGUGGGUGGGAUGAGAAAUACUUGGAAAUGAUAGUUAUGUUACGUAAGGUACCUGGUGGUACCUGGUAGCUUUCAUGGGUGGGUUAUGUAACCUGUGGAAUUUAUUACCCAAAACGGCUCCACGAACCCUGCAUUAAGUUCAUUAUCUACACUAAGGGGGGCAUUCCGAGUUGAUCGCUCGCCAGCUGUUUUUAGCAACCAUGCAAACGCUAUGCCGCCGCCCUCUGGGAGCGUAUUUUAGCUUAGCAGAAGUGCGAACGAAAGGAUCGCAGAGCGACUACGAUAAAAAAUUUUGCAGUUUCAGAGUAGCUUCAGACCUACUCAGCGCUUGCGAUCACUUCAGAAUGUUCAGUUCCGGAUUUGUCAUCACAAACACGCCCUGCGUUUGCCCAGCCACGUCUGCGUUUUUCCUGGCACGCCUGCAUUUUUUCGAGCACUCCCUGAAAACGGUCAGUUGACCCCCAGAAACGCCCCUUUUCCUGUCAAUAACUCUGCGGCUGCCAUUGCGACUGAAAAGCUUUGCUAGACCCUGUGUAAACAUACUUUGCCCAUAGUGAAAGUACGUCGUGCGUGCGCAGAAGUGCCCUUUUUUUGCAUCAUCGCUGCGCAGCGAACAUUUUUAGCUAGCGAUCAACUCGGAAUGACCCCCUAUGUUCAUUGUUUUUAUCUUUGUUAUUAUCUUUGUGCUGUAAUACUAGACCUCUGUGCUCUGUUGUUGAUGCUUGUAAAGAAAC